AUGAUCAAAUUGCUGAAGGGAACACUCAAGUCUUUGCAUUUUUAACGCCCCCCCCAGAUAUUGGGAAGAGCCAACUGCUUAGCCGCCAGCGGUGGAUACAUAUUUGCUGGGCUUUCGACCGGCCUUUGCGUCUUCAGCAUAGCUACGGGCGAGAAGCUUUGCGCGUGGGAGGCAGCCAAGCUUGAGAUUUGCACCAUCCAGGUUUUUGAACUUGGUGGCGGUUCUCAUCUCCUUGGGACGGUGGAUGAACUGGGUGUGGCCCACCUGUUUUAUUUUCUCAAGGAGAACCUUUUGCAUGUCAAAACCAUAAACGAAGUGGUGAGCAACUCAGAAGUUUGGUUGGAGAUCUACCGACUAAGGAUGAAGGACUGGCUGAAGGAGGCCGAACAAGCCCAGGCGGCACCGGCGGCAUCUCCAACUCCAGGAAGCCUCAAGCAGGAGAGAAACCAGCAAAAGAAUUUGGAUGUCCAAGGACCAAGCCCGGAAGAGUUGGAUUUGCAACAGUUCCUAAGCAGAGUUGAAUCAAAACUGGUGCCACCUCUUCUGCUGUUGAAAGUCAGGCCCCCCAAACCACUUGCAGGAAGCGUCUUUAAGAAUCCUUUUGAAGCCUUGAUGAAGAGUGAUGAUGGCAGCAUCCUGGGCUUGGGGUACAAUCCCAUGAUCAAGGACUGCCACUGGGAACACCAGGAGGCGAUUUUUAAGAGCACUUUCCGGCAGUAUCUGGAAGCAGAGAGCGAUGAGGAGAGCAAAGAAGAAAAAUCCAGCCACGCCAUGUUUCAUUUCCACCUACCUGGACGCACCUUGCCUGCCGGGGCCGAAGCCAAAACCGAGCCAGAGGUCCCCGUUGCAUCAGCCUUCAGCGUUCACUGGAGCAAGAGCCACCACCUCUGUUUUUAUCUUCUCAGUCGUCCACCAAGGGAGAAAUUAGAUUCUGAUCCGAAACCAGACAUUGUUUGGCCGUGUGCUGCCCCGAUUGCAUGCUCAGCUAUCACGCCUUGCUCUUCAUACCUGGCUUUCGCUUGUGAAGAUGGGACCAUUACCGUUUGGGAUGUGUUUCUGGGGUGUCCCUUAUCUGUGACGGUGCUUCCAGAUGGCUCUGUUAUACGAAGCAUCCAGUUCAUGCCGUGUUCCUCGCCAUUUCAAAAGAAAUCACUUUGUCCCCGUAAUGACCCAGUGCAGCUUCUGGUGUUGAUCCUGGAUGGGACCCUCCACCUGAUCACACCGGAGGCUAAAGGAUUUGAUACCAAACUCUUGGGAGGCAGGCCCGAAGUGCCUAGCGAGAUGAUCAGCGCAGUGGCUCCUAUCCCCACCUUGCCUGAUGCAGUCCUGAUUUUCUUCUGGGACGGUACCGUCAACCUCAUGGAUGCUGCCACGGAAGAGAACGUUUGCCAGUUCAUCAUGCCCCCCUCAUACAAAGUCGGGUCUCCUUGGCAGCCUGUCUUUUCUGUGGAUGCCAGUGGGCAGUGCCUGGUCCUCCGAGGGGAAGACCGGUCCGGGGGUGCAAAGGCAGAAACGGAGCCCCUCGUGCUUUUUGAUUUGAUGUCCUGUCCACCUCUAGAGUCAUUAGCAUCCAAAGCUGAGCAUUCGCAGGAUCCCUCGGCAGAUCUCCCCUGGGACAGGCGCUGUGAUGUUUUCCUAAGUGACAACUUGGAGCAGCUCGCCACAAUCAGCAGCCAGAUGCCCGAGUGCUGGAGUCAGCUGCGGGACCACGCCGCCGCCUUGAUGAUGGGGAAGGCCGAGGAAGAGGAGGAGCCUCCGGGGUCCAGGUGAGCUGGCCGCAGCUUGCUCGAAGGCAGACUGUCCCUCGACCGAGCCUGCCGUUGGCUGUUCUCCGAAAGACCUCCUGGCACGAAAACUCCAGUGAGGCUGGGGAGGGGGGGCACUUUCUUGCCGUGGGUCUUUCCAGAAGCUGUGUGGCCUGCCAAAAAUUUCUUUAUUAAAUAAUAAUAAUUUUAAAAAGGAA